CGUCACUAGUGUCGGGGGUUUUGAGUGUAAAAAACUGCCGGCAGAACAUUCAGUACCCUGUUUUGUUAUGAGAGGGCGGGUUUCAAAUCAGCAGCAUUGCGUGCUUACUUGCGUUGCAGAGCCAGCGGUGAUAUACCGGCUGAAGUUAGCGCGAAAGCAGCACACGAGCAAUCAAAGAAGAGAAAAGACAAAAGAGAAAUAGGGUUAGAGUGGCAUUCCCAGGUGCAGAUAUGACCACAGAUAAGGACCAGUCCAUGGAUGACCAGUCUCCUGCUGUGGUCUUUGCCGAUAAGGGCAUUGACGUCACUCCUAACAAAGACGAGGGAGUUCGCAAGGUGGUGAAAAAACAGGGAGAGGAUGGGGACAGACCCAUGAUCGGGGACAAGGUAGCAGUGCACUACACUGGAAAACUACUCAAUGGGAAGAAGUUUGACUCCAGUAUGGACCGCAAGAAACCCUUCACCUUCAAUCUGGGAAAGGGUCAGGUGAUUAAGGGCUUGGAUGUUGGUGUGACCUCUAUGCAGAGAGGAGAGGUGUGCAUGCUCCUCUGCAAACCAGAAUAUGCCUAUGGGUCAUCUGGAUGCCCCCCCAAAAUACCUCCCAAUGCCAUGCUACAGUUUGAGGUAGAGCUGCUGAGCUUCAAAGGGGAGGUGCUGACGGACGACGGCGGCAUCACAAGGAGGAUAAAGGUCAAAGGGGAGGGCUAUAAUAAUCCCAAUGAUGGAUCAACUGUCCACGUGCACCUGGAGGGUCGCUGUGGAGAGCGUCUGUUUGACUCCAGGAAAGUGCACUUUGUUGUGGGCGAGUCAGAGGACAUGGGCGUUCCUCUGGGUGUAGACAGGGCCAUGGAGAAGAUGCAGAAAGGAGAAUGCUGCAUGCUCUACUUAAAACCCAAGUAUGGCUUUGGGAAAGAGGAUAGAGCACAGCAUAAGAUUGGACCAAACUCAGACCUGAUGUAUGAAGUGACUCUAAAUGACUUUGAGAAGGCCAAAGAAUCAUGGGAAUUAGAUCUAAAGGAGAAACUGGAUUUGUCUGCUGGAGCCAAACAGAAAGGGACCCAAUAUUUCAAGGCGGGGCGAUUCCUGCAGGCGGUGGUCCAGUACCAGCGCAUUGUUUCGUGGCUUGAGAUGGAGUUUGGUGUAGGGAAGGAGCAGCAGCAGACGAUCCAGAACUUCCUACUGGUCUCCCAGCUCAACCUGGCAAUGUGCUACCUGAGGCUGAGAGAGUAUGCACUGGUUGUGGAGAACUGUAACAAGGUGAUAGAGCUGGAUGGGAAGAAUGAGAAGGCUCUGUACCGGCGUGGGGAGGCUCGUCUCUUCCGUAACGAGUUCAGCCUGGCCAUGUCUGACUUUAAACUGGUGCUGCAGGUCAACCCCUCUAACCGGGCGGCACUCGGCCAAGUCUCCAUCUGUCAACACAAAAUCCGGGAACACAAUGAAAGGGACAAGAAGAUCUAUGCCAACAUGUUCCAGAAGUUUGCUGAACAUGACGUCAAGGCAGGGAAAGGGAAGAGGAGGAAGGCGGAGGACAGUGGAGUGAUGAACGAGAACCAUCAAGUGGCCACUAAGAGAUGCCGCAGGAAUCAGGACCACGGCCAGGACUGUCCCUGAUGCUCCAGAGGAGGCCAGGGGGGCAGGUCUCCCCUCGCUACCCACCUACCCACACAGGGGCAGGGACCAGAUGGGGCUGGACCACACCCCUCCACCCUGACCUCAUAUUCCCCUACCUACCCGCCACCAUGUGUGCUGUCCCCUGCAUGACAGACAGGUGGCGCGAGUUCUUGCGUUGCAUCUUGCCUCCAAAUGCACACCUCAACUUAACUCAAACCCACAGUCUGCAUUCUGAUGUUGAUAAUCAAAUAUAAUUUUAGCAUUGCAUUGUCUCGUUUUGCACAAUACAGAUGAACAACAGGUAUCAUUCUAUUUUGGUAGCUUCAAUCUAUUGGUUGGGAUGGCUGGGGUUGCCCUGCACCUUGUGCUUACAGUCACAUUUGGAAUCCUCAAUAUACAUAAUUUGACCAUGUGGAAGUGGUGUGACGCUGUGCCACUAUAACAGACAAAACAGCUGGCAUCAUCGUCACCUAGUUGUCAUAACACCCACAGUCCCAGAAGACUACUUAUGUUCAGACAAUGAGUCAUACUGUAUAUUUGCACAGGCUGAAGAACCCCCCACUCUUUACUCUUGAACAUGGAGAAUUAACAAGUACAGACUCAUCCCAGAUAGACCCUUGCACGCUACAGAUGCUACAUACUGUUCUGUGUUUGCCCAAAUCAAAGCAACUCCAAUAAUGAAGCUUUAAGUCUCAGCUUUCCAAGCUGCUGUCCAGUCCUCUCUGACUUCAACCUUGCAUUCUCUCCUGGACAAAUGCUUUUUUCACUGUACACUGUUUGAAUUUGGAUUAUGUGACUGAUAAUAACUAAGGCAGGUUUUUAUUUAAACUUUAUUUUGACAGGAAGUCAUGCUGGGACCAAGGUCUCCCUGUAAUUACAAAAAAGGUUCUAGUCUCGUAGUUCUCUUCCUCCCCAGUCCUGGAAUGGGUGACUGUACUGUCUGACUCGUCUUAUUUCCUUUUAAUAAAAUAGUGUUAAAUUAUGGACAAGGAUGCACCUCGAUCUUCAGCUAAGAUUGUAAAACCACCGAUGUUGUCUUUUUAUGAACAAUAACACUCAAUGACGCCUUGGAUAAAAUCUGGGCUUUAAUUAUUUGUACAUUUGUUUUUUACAUUCGUUGGACAUCUGCCCUUGGUUGUCUUAAUGAUUUUAUCAUUGUGAAACAAAAGAAGGGAGGCUUAUGCCCUCAAUAUAAAAAGAAGCCAUUGA